ACCAUUCCCCACUCUCUCCUUUUUCUCUCUCCUACUACUACUUGCUCCAGCUUCUUUCAUCUCUGUUCAUUGUUUUCUCCUUCCUCCUACAUAUUUUUUAGAGAGAGAAAAUGGUGGAUGAGUUCAUGGUGUGUGUGGAUAGGAUCAUAAUAGCAACAACAUGUUUUGGAGAGUCAGAGUCAGUAGUCAAUGGGAGAGAAAUUAGCCUUUUGACUAAUAAUGAUGUUGCAAAUUUGAGUGUUGAAAAUAAUUCAAAGGAAAUGGUGAGUAAAAUUAGUAGUGGAGGGGAGGGUUGUUCAAAGGGAAGUGUAAUUAGAGAGUGUAGGAUUUGUCAAGAAGAAGACGAAGAAAAUGACAUGGAAGCUCCUUGUGCUUGCAAUGGCACUCUCAAGUUUGCUCAUAGGAAAUGUAUCCAGAGAUGGUGCAACAAAAAAGGUGACAUAACCUGUGAAAUCUGUAAUAAGGUCUUUUCACCAAACUAUACCCUUCCACCUGCAAGAACCAGCCCUGAUGUAAUGGCAAUUGAUAUAAGGCAAGCAUGGGGCCCUGGCAUGGAUAUUAGAAAUCCACAUUUUCUGGCUUUUGCCGCAGCUGAGCGUCAAUUCCUGCAAUCAGAGUAUGAGGACUAUGCCAUUGCUAGCAGUGGGAGUCUAGCAUGUUUCCGCUAUGUUGCAAUCAUUUUGAUGCUACUCUUGCUGAUACGCCAAACCUUGAUGGUCACAAGGGACUUUGCAAUGGUGCAGGACUCAUCUACAUUCUUCAAUUUUCAGAUUUCACUUCUACAGCUGGCGGCUUUCCUCCUCCCUUGUUAUGUAAUGGCUCGGACAUGGUACAUGAUACAAUGCCGAAGAAGGAGGCAGGGUUAAGAAGGAACCCAUGGUUGAUAGCAUGACCUUUUGCAGCCUUUCUCGUCUCUAAUGUUGGACAAAUGCUGCUGUUGUACAUCAACCUUCUCUUUCCCUAAUAUCUGUAUUUAUCUUUCAAGGUGCAAGUUAAGCUUGCACUUUGGUGCUGAAAAUCCUUUAGCUCUUUGAGCUACAUAUAAGCUCUUCCCCAGUUUCUCCUACCCGUGAACUCGUAAGCAAAUGUAAAUAUGUGAGGAUUUGAGUUCACUAGCGGUUUCUAUCACCUUGUUCUAUAAUAUCAGAUAUUGGAUGUCACUAAAAAACAAUUGGCCAUCCAUAUGAAAUUUCUAAUGGAACAGUCUGUAGAGGAUUAAGUGGAAGCCAGAAAAUUGGUUAAAUCAAGAUUCUUCUGCACUGAAA